GCCGGCCAAUACAAGCGAUGCGCCGUGUUCGAUCGUGCGUUCCCCUGAUCCAGCCGCAUCCCGCCGUCCCCCGACUAUGGGCAUCGUCCUGACCAAGCUCUGGCGGCUGCUCUGGAGCCAAACGGAAUACAAGAUUUGCAUCGUCGGCCUGGACAACGCCGGCAAGACAACAGUCCUCUAUAGACUGAUAUACAACGAGUCUGUCAGCACAUCACCGACGAUCGGGAGCAAUGUGGAGGAACUGAGGUACAAAAACAUAAGGCUAAUGGUCUGGGAUAUCGGCGGUCAAGAGUCGCUGCGACAGUCAUGGAGCACAUACUAUGUCAAUUCCAAGGCUGUGAUCAUGGUCAUCGAUAGCAGCGACGUCGGACGGCUCCACAUCGCCAAGGCAGAGCUACACCGCAUGCUGGAGCACGAGCAUUUGAAGAGUGCCUGCUUGCUCGUCUUUGCCAACAAGCAGGAUGUCAAGGACAGCCGCUCGGCGAUGCAAAUCUCUGAGGCUCUGGCACUUUCGACCUUGAAAGAUCGGCAUUGGCAUAUCCAGGGAUGUUGUGCCAUCACCGGCGAAGGACUUCAUGACGGGCUCGACUGGAUCGUCACUCGGCUAACUUCCUGAACACCCUGAAUGUCGUAAUGAAAUACAGCAAUGUGCCCAGUAGCGACAGGGUGGGGAACUGCAUCGUGAUAACCGGUGUGUUUCGAGUCGCUGUGACUUGGAACGCUAUCGCAUCUUGAUGGCGAUGAAUGGUGGACGACUUGGUUUGUUCGCCAACGGAUCGCCCAAGCAACAAUACAGCGUGUUGAAGCAAAAAUGAGACACAUCGUCUCAUUCGAGCAAACACGGCGAAGUCGGAUCAUA